AUGUCCUUCAAUGACCCAGUAUCGCCCUUGAAAAAGACGGCCAGCAACCUCGAUAAUGUCACCCACGCCACUCGUACGCCAAGUGGAGAUGCCACCAAUGCGCCCAUUACCGCGGAGGGCGAGAAGUUGGAACGAAACAUCACCAUUCGGCAGAUGGUCUUCAUAGCUCUUGGCGGCUCAAUUGGAGCUGGUCUAUUCGUGGGUUCCGGUGCUGCUCUAAGCUCUGGCGGUCCUCUGAACUUGGUUCUCAAUUUUGCUCUUGUCGGCCUCGGCGUUGGCUGUACAAUGGGCUGUCUCGGCGAGCUUGCAGCUGGCGCAUUCUACGACUACUCAAGGCGCAUGAUAUCAGAGCCGUGGGGCUUUGCCAUGGGGUGGAACUUCGUCUUCAACUGGCUCAUUGUUUUCCCUUUUGAGCUCACUACGAUCGCGGCUCAGAUCAAGUACUGGGUUCCAGACUUGCAACCAGCCUAUGUGAUCACGCCGAUUCUCUUUGCCCUGACGGGCUCGUCUUUUCUCGGAUCUCGUUGGUUUGGCGAACUCGAGCAUGCUUUCGGCAUCGGUAAGGCACUCGCUAUUGCCGUCUUUAUCUUUGCAGCUAUCUUCAUCAUUGCCGGCGCGGUGCCAACGGAUCCUCGACACGGAACCGGAGCCGAGUAUUGGGUCAACCCUGGUGCCGUGAAGAAUGGCGUGGCUGGAUUCUUCUUGGUCUUCCGCACUGCUGGCAUGUCGUACGGAGGUACCGAACUUCUUGGACUGACGGCAGCCGAGUGCAAAAACCCGCAAAAGGCCUUACCUCUGGCGACCAAGAUUGUGUUUGCAAGGAUCUUCUUCUUCUAUAUUGUUGCUCUUCUUCUCCUUGGUUUCGUGGUCCCUUCCAACGACCCAAAUUUAGCCUCCACCGGCCAUGGUGCCAAGUACAGCUCGUUCACGUUGGCUGCCCAGCUCGCCAACAUCAAGCAUCUGCCCGACUUUUUCAAUGUUCUCAUCGUAGUUGCAUUGAUAUCAAUGGCGAAUGCUAGCAUAUUCGCCGCCAGUCGAGCCUUCCAAGCUCUCUGCGAGAAGGGAAUGGGCCCCAAAUGGGGUGCCAAAGUCAAGUGGGGUGUGCCGGUGUAUGCCUUCUUGGUAACAUUCUUAGUCGGCCUGCUCGCCUUCGUCAACCUGGCCGAGGGCGGUGAAGCUAUCUUCGACUGGCUGCUUAGUCUGUCGGGAGCCAGCAACUACUACACUUGGGCCUCAAUUUGCUUCAGCCACAUUCGCUUCCGCAGAGCAUGGGCGGCCCAGGGCCACGACAAGGCCACCCUCUUGUGGCGAACACCUUUCGGUACCUGGGGGGCUUGGGUUGGCCUGCUUGUUUGCAUCCUUGGUCUUCUGGCGAACGUCAUUACCGCUGCGAUGCCCGUCGGCGGCAAAUACUCAGCCCAAGCCAUUGUCCGCGACAACAUUGGCACCGUCAUUCCUCCGUUCCUUUACUUUGGAUACCGCUUCUACCAGCGCUUUAUCCAGAAGGCCAAGAAGCCAUUGCUCAUUCCUCUGGAGGAGGUAGAUUUGCGAUACGGCCUUCGCCUUACUGCUGAUAGGUCUGGCGCGGAUCUAGAGCAGCCGACGCGUGUCCAAGUAGUCGAGAAGUGA